UGCACAGAGGACGUCAGUUGCAUUUGUGUCCCGGUCACAGCCCGCUAAGAACAUCUCCAACAUGCGUUGCCAACUGUUUCUGCUGUGGCUCGCGCUGUCUCUGCUGCACAGCUCCCACGGUCACGCCAGAACGUUCACUCGCUGCCAGCUGAUGCGGGAACUGCUUCGGUACAACUUCUCGAGAACAACUGUGCCUUACUGGGUUUGUCUGAUCGAGCAUGCCAGCGGAAGAACAACGGAGAAAGUAACCAAUCAUAACAACUCGUACACCAGCUUCGGUCUUUUCCAGAUAAACAACAAAGAAUGGUGCAAGAAGGGGAGGAAAGGAGGCCGCUGUCAUAUUAAGUGCGAAGAUCUCCUCAAUGAGGACCUCGCGGAUGACGUGCGCUGCGCCAAAAACAUCUACGGCAGAGUCGGUUUCAAGGCCUGGCCCGCCUCCUUCGCCUACUGCAAAGAAAAAAGCCUACCCGAUUUGUCUAGAUGUUAGAUAUACUAGUAGGUUAUUAGUUAAGUAUUAAGUUUUACAUUUUUAUAAAGAACCCAAUUAUGUUUUCUUCUCAGUGAUCUUUUAGGUAUUUUUACAUACAUUCAUACAUUUUGUUUAUUUUAUGUCUUUAUGAGUUUGCGUUGCACAAUACGAUCAUCAGGCUAAAAAUAUAGGCUCUGUUUCACGCAAAUAGGCUUAUUUACAAAACAGAAUAUAGACUAAAUUCAAUUCCAUUGAAAUCUUUAUUAAUAUCUAUAUUAGAACUCUGUGAAGCAGAUUUAAAUCAUGCUACACUUUUAUUAGCAUUAUUAGUUUAAACACAGGAAUAUAAGUUAAUUUACAAAAAGUACAUUUCUCAUUAGGUAGGUACUUUUAGAGAUUUUUAAAUAAGAACAAAAUAAUUCUAAUUAUUAUUUUUAAAAUCCUCGAAAUGAGUAAUAACCCUUGAAUUAGGACCCGAAGAAGUGACUCUUUGGGUCCCUCCAAAUAUUCGCAAACUGAGCUCUCGCUAAGCGAAAUAAUCAGUAUGAAUUGAUAAGGUAUUUAGUAGGUACAUACCUAGGUGUUUUCUCUCUAUAUGUGUAACCUCUGUAUCUCAAACAUAAUGUAAGAAUAUGCUGCUACUUUGUCGAUUUUAAAAUCUAAAAAGCUCUAAGAAAAAUAAUUGAAACCAUCCAUUCAGAAACUAUAGCCGAAAAUGUAUGUUUUAAAGUUAUAACAAACUUUACAACUCAAUUUCUUUCGCUUAAAUUUCGAAUCACCAUGGUUCAUCUCGUCUUUUGAAUGAUCAAUCCGUCAUUCAGUUUUUUUUACGUUUAGUAUAAAGAAUUAGUCAUAAGUAUAAAAUAUAUCAUCUUACAACAAUAAUGUACACCCACGCCCUCUACACAGAUGCUCACACACGGUCACUGGUACACAGUUGUGAAUGAAAACACAGUUCUAUUUAAAACCUGAUUCUCUAUUGUAGACCAAAAAGGUUUAGAGCAGUAGGCGUAUUAAUGUUUCCGGCAGAAUGUUGUCUAUGAUUUAGUUGAAUUAGCUUAAUGGAGUUUUAAUAUAAUUUUUUUAAUAUAAAAUAGUGUUUUAUUUGUGUUUCUUUUCAUAAAAAUUUUCUCCUUGACUUUUUUUGAUUUUAAAAAUUUAUUUUAUCAAAUUAUAAAGGCGAAAGUUUGGUUGUGUGUAAGUAUGUUUGUUUCUCCUUUACGCUGCGGCUACUGAAACGAUUGGCUGAAAUUUGGAAUGGAUUAACACAUAGCUACUAUUCAUCCCGCAAAAAAUCUAAAAUAGCGGGCAUCCUUUAGUCUUUUAUAAAAGGGGCAUUUAUUCGUUAACACAUACAAAGUAUUGAAAAGUUGAAGCGUCGAUAGCUCAAUGGUUAUGGGUCGGCCUUAUCGCAGAGAGUCAUUGGCUCUCUAUUGGACUAUUGUCGUACCUAUACUCCUAUUAGUCUUUAAUCUAUACUUAUAAUAAAACUGGUCGAAUUCUAUACAUUUAUUCGCAAAUUGAGAUUUUAUUUAUACCAUUUGUAAGACCAAAGUGACCGUGGCAUAACGGACGCCAGCGCCAUCUAGAAUCUAUACUUAUAAUACGAAUGCUGUACAUUUUGUACAUUCUGUACAAUGAAAAUAUUUUGAAAAUUUUUGUUGGGGGGCAUUAUAUAAUUGAUAUUGUAGCAAAAUUUUUUUUUUUUCGAUUUUUUGUCUGUCUGUCUGUCCGUGUUUUUUUGUUAUUCGGGCAUCACGCUGAAACUACUGAAUUAAUUCAAAUAUAACUUGGCACAGUUUAAGACCAUAAUACGGAAAAGGUUAUAGGAUACUUAUUAUUGCGAAAAUAAAAUAAGAAGGGGGUGAAAAUUUGUAUGGAAAGUCGUUCAUUUAUAGAGUUACAGUUUAAAAAAAUUGUUCAUAAAACAUAAAGAAAUACGAAAAAUUUUAAAACUCUAACUCUAAAGUGGUGAAAUGGGACUUGAAAGUUUACAUUGAUUUGAGUAGGUAGAUAGAUUUGAUGUGAUAUCAAUAUAACAUAAUGAGAUUGCCACUUACUUAUAGGAAAUUGAUUAAAACUUUAGAGUAGUAGUUAUCUUUACGUUUACCUGCAACAAACGCGCAGGCUAAAUUAC